AUGACGAAUCAUAGCGGUGCUGGAGACGUCGGUGUCGCAGACGAUGUGUGCAUGGAGAACGGCCUUUGUCAGAACUUCGCGUCAUUCAAUGGAAAGAAUGAAGGUGUCCAAGUCUGGGGAAGACAGGGCUGUACCGAUCCCCUAUGGAAUAGUCCAUAUUGUCUUGGAGACGUAUGCAACAAGCCAGAGUACGCUGACGAAUGGGGCAACGUGGGCGUGUGGAAUUGCGGAGGGCAGAACUGGUGCUGUGGGGAGAAGAGCUGUUGUGAUGAUAAGAACAACAUCUUCGAACUCGCCGCAACUGUGGGUCCAACAUCAACUGUUCUUUCAGCGACGCCUAUUUCCUCAGCCUCGACGAUGUCAACCUCGACGACUGAGACAACCCCCACCUCACAGUCGAACGUUCCACCAGACGGUCUUAGUACAGGCGCAAAAGCCGGCAUUGGGGCUGGUGUGGCAGCCUUUGUGGUCGUGGCGGUCGCAAUCGCAUUACUAACAUUGAAGCUGAGGAAAUCCAACGAACUAAAAGAUAGUUCCUCGGACGAACUCAAGCCGCACAAGGAUGUGACACAACAAGAAGAUUACCAGCGGUAUAUCGACCCACAUGAGAUAUACACGGAGCAUGGAUACGGUGAGUUGGGCCAUCGUGACCCUCAGGAGUUAGAGGCUAAAAGUGGAAAUGUGUACUGA